UCUCACCCUUAAUUGUCAAUGGUGAAAAAAGCGAAUUGUGAUAAAAUCGGGGAAUUGAACAUAAAUUAUUAAUUAACUACUUUUCUGGGAAUAUAUACAUUCUCAAAUUAAAUACAGUUUGUGGACAAAAUAGAAAUCUGUAAAUUUAAAGCGGGCAUUUAAGUUAAAAUUGAGCCAGAAUCUGGAUCAGAAGCUUGUCAUUUCGGAAUAUAUAAAUGAACCAAAACCAAAUCCAGCAACUUACUACUCACCUAUCACAGGCUCUUGAUCAAAACUACGAUGUUGUUAAUAUGGAAGCAGUGCUUUCUGUUAUUUGCGCACUGGAAGGCACAACAAUCACCAAGGAGCAACUGGAGGCCACCAGACUGGCCAAAUACAUAAAUCAACUCAGACGAAGGACCAAGAAUGAAACCCUUGCUCGCAGAGCAAAGUCCUUGCUAAAAAAGUGGCGAGAAAUGGUGGGAAUUCAGCAAACGGCUACGGAAGUAGUGCCUACCCUUCCCCCCAAACCUUUAGCAGAUCUAUCAAAAUCCACCAUGAUAGCACCACCAGAGCACUUGGGCGAAUCAGUUAACCAUUUGUCAUUCUCCCAAUCAUUGGCCGAUCAGCAAAUUAUAUCAAACGUACAGUCAAAUAUUGAGGCUUCCGAGCUGGCACCAUUGGGUCUGAACACCCAGCUAAACACGAACUUCUCAAACCAUGUUUAUAAUAUGCCAGACGAAAGCAACUCUAUAACAACAGCAGUGCUCAAUUGCAGAGACCAAUGCCUACCUACUGGCUCUCCUCAGCCAGGAGUCAUUAUUGAACAGCCUUUAAAUUCAGUUUUAAACUUAACUGGCAACAGCACCGCCGAAAAGUUGACCGACGUCGCCUCAGUUGUUAUUGACAUCGUCUCUGAUUCUGAUGAGAAUGACAACAACUGUGGCUCAAAGCCAGAAAUAUACAAUUCAAUUGUCUCUGAUCCCAUUGCAAUCCCCUCAACUCCGAGCUCACGACAGAAAAAACAAAAAAAAGAAAAAAGAAUUAAACAAAAAGAAGGGCAGGCGGCACAAAACAUAAAACUACUGCAGUCAGCACUUGCCACAGAUUCAGAAAUUUUUUCCUUAUCCAACAGCUCGAUGAGCUCAAUUUUAUCUGGGGAAGCUGCUACGUUGGGCAAUUCAAAGAAAACUCGGCUGAGCUCAAGCGAGUUAACAUUUACGGGCAGAUUUAAGUCAUUAAAUCAAAAUGACUUAACAACGCAGAGUAACUCUAGCUUUUUGGCCGAACAAAAUGGUGUAUUGGCUCGUAGCAAUUUGCUAGAGUCAGGAAAACCAAAAUUGGAUGAAUAUAACGCUUAUGAUUCAAGUGCAUCCUGUAGCCGUCUAUCUCCUUCAACUGUCGAGGACAUAAAAAAAAUGGAUAAUGUAAUUGAUUUAAAGCUACACAGUGCAUCCAUGCCUGAUCCCGGAACGGGUUGUGAUCCAAAUAGUAGGCAUAGAUAUUUAGAAAACGCCUCUCAGUCUCAAAUUCCAAAAAGGCGUGGCAGGAAAAAAGGAUCAAAAGGCGUGGACGCAGUUAUUGCCAAGGAGUCCUCUAGCCUGUCUCAGCAGAUUUUCUUUGGCGGUUCAACUGUUAAAAAGGUGAAGACCACCAAGGAGCUCUUCAAUGAAAUUCAGAGCAGAAAAUUCAGCGUUUCUAUGCAAUCGUCUGCAAGCAAUUGUUCAAAUUCGUCUAUAAAGCGAGAGCAGGCUGGCCGUGCUAUUUUCCCAAGACCAACGUCAUCUUGUUCAGAUACAUCCAUGCAUUCGCCGCAAAUUUUGGAAACGUUUACUAACCAAACACAAGAUCCUACAAACACGGAUAGCGACACAGUGACUUCAGAACCAUCUCGCGAUAGUAACAAAUCAGAAGAAAUCAAAGAAUGUAGUUCUUUGGAUAGCAACAGCAAUUCUAAUAACAAUUUACAUUUAGCAAAUAAUUUGGACAACUUGAUGCCGACAAAUUUCCAUGAUAUUACCACUCAACUAGUGCACCUGAUUCACAGCCUAAACAGCCCACUAACUGCAGUUGAAAUUGAGAAGAUAUACCAGACUCAAUUAGUACCGUGUACUUGCGUUGUCAUUGAAGAAGUUCCAAGAACAUUGGGAGCGUCCAAUCCUUUAAAUUCCGAUGCUGAGACGAACAAUCAGAACGUAAAUUUAAGUUAUCAGGAAAACCUUUUUUCCCACAAUACUGAAGAAAAUUUGACUGCGUUGGAACGUAAUGGUGUUGAUGAGGAAGGUGAAAGUCAGGCAAAACCAGUCAAGUCCAUAUUCGAUCUAGAUUUUGAUGACAACGACGACCCUUUGCAUUCGAUACUGGAUGACACUCGAAAGACAAUGGAUAAGGUUGAUCACUUAAAAAGUUUUCAGGCUACCAAAAAUGAAGUAGUUAAUGUUGCGCUUCAUUUAGUAAAUAGUAGUGCCGAAACUAAACUAAACAAUCAACAACAAUCUCAAGAAAGAGAUAACAAUGAAACAAACAGCGCUGUCCUCCCAGUUUUCAACGUUCUUGAAGAUCCAAACUGUGUGGCGAAGCAACAGUUUUAUGUUCAAACAAACCAAAUCACCAAUUUCCACAUCAAUGCGUUGCAUAAUUUUUAUAUACCAAACAUAAAUGGUAACUGGGAUAUUGCUGAUUCAAAUCCUAAUUUUCAAUCUCAAAGCCAUUUUCUUCACACUUUGGAUUCGUAUUCAGUGACUGAUGGAGCUGAUGUAGUUCCCAAAUAUGGACAUCAUACAAUAGAUCGCAUAAGAAAAGAUCUGACUUCCUUAAAAUUUAUAAAACCUUUUAAGGCGAAACCCUUCAAGUUUAUUAUGUCACCGUUUCUUGGCGUUGCAAAGUGUUUGCCAACUUGUCGACGGGCUAAGCGAAUGUAUAGACAAUGUUUUGGGUCAAAAAUGAUUUCUGAUAAGUUUCCUAAAAAACGAAAACCUAAAGUAAAUAUUCCAAGCCCCUUAAAUGUUAAUAUUGAUGUUCCAAUUUCUGGUAUUAACAGCCAUCACCACGUGCCAACAACACAAGUCAAUUCCGUUUUAAAAAAAACAACGUUAUCAACACCAGUACUGGAUUCGUGUUCGUCAGUUAAUGGUUUCAGUAAUAAUUUGUUAAAAUUGGCCGAUAAUGAAAUCCAAUUUGGAGAAGCUGAAAUCAACGAUAAAAGUUCUGGUCACGAAUAUCAGGAUACUAGUUCCAGCAGUUGCAGUUAUGCUAGUUUAAAUGAAACUCAAGACUCCAACAACAAGAAAAAUGUUAGAAAUAGGUCAAUCAGUAGAAAGUCUGAGGCCUCUAAAAGAAAUAAAGGAAUACAUGGUGGGGAUGUUACGAAAAAGAAAAAAUAUGAAAACUAUGAACUCGAUGCUCCACUGAAGCGAAUUAAAAAGGCUUUUAAUAGUACUAGUAAUAGUGAUAAUGAUAGUGACAACGGAGCAGAGAACGAUAACAAUAAGGAAGAAUAUGCCAUUGUUCAACGGCCUAUAGUUGACGGUGUGGCUUUCAACAAUCAUAUUGUCUUGACAAUAAAAAAAACUCCAAGUAAAAUAAAUUCGCCAGCUAACUCGAUGCCGAUGGCAGUUUCGCCAAAUAACACAUUAGCUGCGGAAAAAGUCAAUAAGAUCAUUUCCAUUUCUCAUCUGCAAGAUUCACCUACAUCGCAAAACAAAAGUAAUGUUGCACUGAAAAACAAUUUAAUAACGAAAAAGAUUAGGAUAACUCCGCGACCAUUGCAAAAUUGUUAUCGCCGUACAUCCAGAAAACCUGUCAAAGGUCAACGCAAGACUAUUGACCUGGAAUUAAAGCAUUUGUUCCGUUUAAGCCCAGAGGCAGCACCUGCCUCCUCCUCAAAAGUAAAGAUUCACAAUAAACUUUUCUUUCACCACGAACUAUGCAGAGAGAACCCCGAAGGUAUGGAAGAAAGAAUCAUUAACUAUAGUAGUAGCAGCAGCUCCUCGAGCUAUGACGAUGAUAGCGAAGCGGAUAAUUCUCCAUCGGAGGAGGAAAUGAAACCCACAAAGCUUUCCGCAUUUGAUGUAUAUCAAAUGGAUAUUGAGACUGAAUCAAGCGACUCAACAGAGAUUUCCGAGGUACAAGUUGAAAGCGAGGAGGAUUCGUUUUUAAAUUCAUUAUAUGACAAAGAAGCUCGUCCAGAAAAAUAUGAGAGUGUCGACGACGAUGAGCUCAACGAUUUUCAAAACAACAGGAUGCUGCAAUCCUUUAAUUCAAUAUUUGCCACAAAUCAAGAAUCAUCCCCGCCCAGAGCAUCGCUUACAGAACGCGAAAAUGAAAAUUCUGAUGCUAAUAAUAUAUAUUUUAACAAUAAUAACAUAAAUGUCAGUAAUAUCCAUCGGAAAUCUAUGGAGCCUUCACAAGAAGAGUAUCGUACUGGGGUUAGAUCAGUUUUAGAUAGUCCUCCCCCCACCAGUGUAGCCGAUAUGGACUUGACAAGGAUUCAACAAUUUAAAGAGUGGCAUCAAGUUCUCCAAUUAAAGUCCUACAACAACGAACCCCUAAUUGUUCUGCCUUACGUUUUGCUUGAAUAAAUUCAAAUUCAACGUUCUACUCACGCUGUGUGAUAGCAUUUCCAAACCAAAAAUAUGAAAAUGUAAAAGCGUGUGGCGAAAUAAACUAUAUUUGAUAAAUAUACAAUUUAUUUGAAUAUUGUCUUGUGUGUGCUAUGUCAGUUUUGAUCCGAUCACAACUCUUUUGUAUGUUGAGUUUUUGCCGGGAUCAAAGAAAUAUUAUGAUACUAUAGGAAAUAUUUCUUUUUGCAAUCAAAAACUUUGUUACAUUGUUGGAAGAAUUUUAUAUUUUUAAAAAAUAAGAAGCAUACCUACAUAUGUAUAAUUCAUGUAAAUAAACUAAAUAUUCAUUAAAAGAGUUACAAUAUGAA